CGUCGUUUCCUCAACCCUCAACCCUCAACCCUCAACCCUACCCUCCAAUGUUAUAAGAAACACUCAUUUCACCCUCAUCGCCUUCGCCCAUUUCAUUUUUAAUUUCAACCACUGUUUCGCCCAUUCCCCUCUCCCGCCAUGGCCAUCGACCUCUCUGCUUCCCCACCCCUUUUCUCUACUCUUCUCACCGGAAACCCCUACCUUCGCCCCAGGCCCGCUCUUCCUCUCAGAAUUGCCAUAUCCUCCGCCUUUACCACCUCCCUCCACUCUCGACAUCGUCAUUUUGCUGUUUCAUUGCCUAGAGCUGCAGCCUCUGAUGAAUCUAAUGGAUCUAGUUCAUUCUUUACUGAACAACGCGAUAGUGUGACAGUCUUGGAAGAUUCUCCUUCUGCUUCUUCACUCACUCUGGAAGAUUCUCCUCCUGAGGAGAUCCCUUCCGACGUACUUGCGGCAACGGAAGUACCUAAACAAGAACCGGUUGAAGAUGUGCCUGUGAUAACUCUGGACGAUUCUUCUUCUGCUGGGAAGGUUGAAAUGGUGACGUCUGAAGAACCUAAAGAACAACCACUUGAGGGUGCGCAAGAACAGGCAUUUGAAUUUUUGAAUGAUCUUAAACUUGAGUCUGUUGAUACAUACAGUCUUGCCUUGUAUGGUGCUGGUGCUUUCUUUGGAAUUUGGUUGGUUUCCGCCAUUGUUGGUGCUGUUGAUUCCAUCCCAUUGGUACCAAAGUUAUUGGAAGUUGUGGGGCUUGGUUACAGUGUGUGGUUCACUGCUCGCUACUUGUUAUUCAAGGAAAGUAGAGAUGAAUUGGCUGCCAGGAUUGACGAGUUAAAGGAGCAGGUUCUUGGUUCAGAUUGACAACGGUUCGGUUGGAUAUAUUUUUCUGUCAUACCUAGGUAGUUAGUUAUGUUUGGGUAGAUAAAAGAUAGCUGGAUGUGCUGAUAAACAAUAUAUAUGAUAUAGAUGAUGAUUACAUUGUCUCUGAUGCAAAUAAGCAAAUACUUGAUUCGCUUAUAGAGAAAUGUUUUUCUAAUAUUGAGUUUGGGUGAAUUAAGGCCCAUUUUUCAGGAAGAGUUUGGUAAGAUGGUCGAUAGCUAUGAGAGAAAUGCAUCCAUUCCACUCUUCUAAAAACAGAGUCAAGUAUGAAACCCUUUGGAUUUUGGAAGGUAGGUUUUUAGGUUAGUUUAAUAAUAUAUUUUGUUCUUUAUAUA